UUGUGGAGUUGGUCUUUCAGUUGUUGGAAAUCAGCAAGUUCUUAGACAGAGACUGCCGAAAGAUAGAGGCGGCUUUCCUGAACGCAUUCCUUUCUAAGAACCCUUGUCACGUGACAGAACAAGACUAUGAACCACUUAUAAAGUUGGUGAAUCAAACAGUAGCUUGUGACAAGACCCUCUUUUGGAGCAAAACCAGAGAACUGGUGCAUCUGUACACCGGGGUGCAGACAGACUUUCUCACGCUGGAGGACACGCUCCUGGGUCACCUGGCUGAUGGUCUCAACUGGUGUGGUGACGCGGACUCUUCUGAAGUGAACUAUCACUCCUGCCCGCUCUGGAAGAAAGACUGUCAUGCCAAUGCCGUUUCAGUAUUCUGGAAUGUAGCAUCCAGAAGGUUUGCAGAAGAUGCCUGUGGAACGGUCCAUGUGAUGCUCAAUGGGUCCAUCAGUAACCUCUUUGACAAAAACAGCACUUUUGGGCGUGUGGAGGUCUUUAAUUUGCAACCAGCAAGGGUUCAUACCCUACAAGCCUGGGUGGUGCAUGACAUCGGAGGAGUUUCCAGAGACUCAUGUUCCAGUUCCUCCAUAAAUGAUCUGAGAUCGAUCAUGAAUAAAAGGAAUAUUACAUUUGCUUGCCAGGAUAACUACAGGCCCAUCAACUUCCUGCAGUGUGUGAAGAGCUCUGAGCACUCAGUUUGCAGGUCUAAAAUGUGAGAGAGUCCACAGAGUUGUUCCAGAUCUUUGGGCCUUGGUGGUUGGCAUUGAGGUUCCUGACUCCGUAGACAUGCUGGUGAGAAGAUGC